AUGCCUUUCCAGAAGACCUUAAAAACAUCAGCUUACCACUCUAGAUUCCAAACCCCCUUCCGUAGAAGACUUGAGGGUAAAACCGACUACUAUCAAAGAAAAAGAUUGGUUACUCAGCACAAGGCUAAGUACAACACUCCUAAAUACAGAUUAGUUGUUAGAUUCACCAAUAAGGAUAUUAUUGCUCAAAUUGUUAGUGCUCAAAUUACUGGUGAUAUUGUUCUUACUGCUGCUUAUGCUCACGAAUUACCAAGAUACGGAAUUAAACACGGUCUUACCAAUUGGUCAGCAGCUUAUGCCGUUGGUUUAUUAGUUGCUAGAAGAGCUUUGCAAAAAUUAGGUUUGGAUGAAACUUACACUGGUGUCGAAGAAGUUGAAGGUGAAUUCCAAUUAACCGAAGCUGUCGAAGAAGGACCAAGACCAUUUAAAGUUUUCCUUGACAUUGGUUUACAAAGAACAACCACUGGUGCAAGAGUUUUUGGUGUCUUGAAAGGUGCUUCAGAUGGUGGAUUAUACGUUCCCCACUCACCAAACAGAUUCCCAGGUUGGGAUAUCGAGGCUGAGGAAUUGGAUGCUGAAUUAUUGAGAAAAUACAUCUUUGGUGGUCAUGUUUCUGAAUACAUGGAAGAAUUGAUGGAUGACGACGAAGAAAAGUACAAAACUUUGUUCAAGAACUAUAUUGCUGAUGAAAUUGAAGCUGAAGACGUUGAAGAGAUUUAUACUAAUGCCCACGAGAAAAUCAGAGAAGAUCCUUCAUUCAAACCAACUGAAAAGAAAUUCACAAAGGAACAAUACGCUGCUGAGUCAAAGAAGUACAGACAAACUAAAUUGACUAAGGCUGAAAGAGAUGAAAAGAUUGCUAAGAAGAUUGCUGCUUUCAAAGCUGAAAACUAA